AUGGCGGCAAAGUACGGUCUCCUCAGCUGUUUCGCUGUGUUUCUCUUCCUCUCUUCUACACAUUUUGCUAUAGCGGAAGGAACCGAGCAGAAAACAAAAUGGCUCGUCCCUCGAACCAACAUCACAGGACCCAAUCCGAAUGACUAUGAAUGUGAAAGUGCUCGAGCGGCUGACUAUUAUGGCAUUGGUGUCCGCCUGGGCAUCUACUUCUCCUGGAUAACUGGCUGGGUGGCAAAUUCCUUCGUAUCUGGGGAUAUUGGUGGAGCCCUCGAUACAAACGCCAUAUUCCUUUUCGCGAAUCUUGUCGCUAUGGUCAGAUGUACCAUGACAAAGGUCUUGACGCAGCUCGACUGUAUGAUGCUGAUGCACCUGUCUGGUGGCACAGUGUUCUCGGUGCUCAGCCUCUGGGGGUAUCGAACUUGUCAUUACCCCAGAGAAGGCCCAAAGGGGAUUCGCCAUUUCGGAGGCUUUGGCACGCAUCUGAGGCUGCUGCUCUCCAUGGCUGUCGCAAUUUAUGGGCUCUGGUUCUGGAUCAUCGGUAUUCAACCAGACACGACUGAGAUCAAUGUGGACGCCGGUCCAUGCAGGACGGUGUAUACUUUCAUGUUUGCCAAAGUCCGUGCCGACGGCGGCGUAAGGAUAUUCUACAUCAUCAUCUGCGUGGGGUGUGUUAUCUACUUCGGUGUGAUGCUGCUCGCAUCCUCAUUAGCCCUCUAUGCGAGAUUGGCGAAGGCGGCCAACUUAGCAAAGCAGGGGAAAUGGCGAACGAGCACUCGGCUGCAUUAUGCUACCGGACUGUAUCACAAGGAGUAA